AUCGCCACCCCGCAAGUAUUCGCCGGAGCACGCAACCAUCAUGUCGAGCCAUACACUCCUGACCGGCCUAUGCAGCAUCUGUUACACCAAUAAACCCAAAUAUCGCUGUCCGCGAUGCAAGACGCAGACCUGCUCGUUGCCGUGUAGCAAGAAGCACAAACAGCGAGCGUCAUGCAGUGGAGUGCGCAACCCAGCCGAAUUCGUGAAGAAGAGUCAGCUUGCAACGCCUGCCGGAGUAGAUCGAGAUUACAACUAUCUCAAAGGUGUAGAGCGCAGCAUCGACGUUGCCAGCAGAGAAGCUUCCGAUCGCGGCAUUGGCAAAAAUGCUGCACACCACCGAGUCUUUCGAGGGAACCAUCCAGAAAGUAUCGUCCAGAAAUAUCUGGCUGCUAAUCGUAUAGCCAUGCAUCGCGCACCCACUGGAAUGAGUCGCCAGAAGUCCAACCAGACCCGAGCCUCGAAGCGAAACCAUAUCCUGUGGACCGUGGAGUGGAUCGAUGCCGAUGGACAAAGCAACAUUUCUAACGAUUGCUUGGAGUCGGACAAGCUUCGAAACCUGUAUGCUGGCACUCAACUUCGACAGCACCACGCCUCCAAUGGAGAGAGUGAGCGGGCAGCAUCCAAGCGGCGGCGUCUCGAAAGGAAGAAAUUUGCCGAGACCGAACAGCAAACAGAGACAGCACCAACUGAGCCUCAGCCGAACGGUGACGUCGAGUCGGUAAUCGAAGAAGAGUCAGCAAGCGCCAAAUUGAAUAUUGGUGCAGGGGCCACAGCAGAUGGUGAACAAGGAUCUGGCAGUUCCGCGAUACAGCAACACUUUUACCUACUAAGACCCGGUACCAGCUCUUCCAACAAAGUGCUCAUUCCGCUAGACGCGGAUACAACGCUCACGGCAAUGUUGCGAGACAAGACGGUGCUGGAAUUCCCGACGAUCUAUGUUCUACCACAAGCAUCUAAGUCGCUGCCUCCGGGGUACAUUCUCGAAGAUGCAUACCUUGGCGCUCGCAAAGAAGAAGACAAGGAAUCGCACGAUGCAUUUCGCACGACAGUGGAGAGAGCUGGCUUUACUCGCGGGUUCAAGCAGGAAUCGGAGCCAUCGAACAGUGACGCGAUUGAUCCGAACAAGAUACUUAGUAUGCUAAAGCGAGAUGUUACUAGAUGA